ACCCCAGUGCAAAGCCCAAAGCCUCAUUUCUGCAGUUCGUCUCGUGGCAGCUACGCGCAUCACUCCGGCUACUCCUCGGCAAGGCAAGCCAGCAUCUCACUAAAUGCACUGAUACAGGAAACAGCGACCCGAGGGAUGGAUCCCCUGGUGGCCCAGUCUGAGCUGAAUGGCGAGGACAGCUCUGGUUCCGAUGGGGCGUCAGUGUUCAGCGUUAGCAUACCACCAACGGAGACUGACCGCUUUGGGUUUCUCCUGGGGACCGAAUCCACUGUCGGGAGCGAGGGACCGCCACCUGAGCUGGUCCGGCAGAGAGAGGCGAAGUGGCUGAACAUUAUCAUGCAAUGGGACCGCAUCCUGCUGAAGAGGACCAACAAGGUGAAAGAGCAGUGUCGAAAAGGCAUCCCAGCUUCCCUCAAGGCCCGAUGCUGGCCACUUCUCUGCCGCGCCACAGAGAGGAUGAAAGCGAAUGAAAAACUUUACAAGAAACUUGAUACGGCACCUGCUCUGCAGACUUGGGUGGAUGUGAUCGAGAGGGACAUCGACAGACAGUUCCCCUUCCACGAGAUGUUCCUCUCCAGGGAUGGCCACGGGCAACAAGGGCUUUUCCGGGUCCUGAAGGCAUAUACUCAGUACAAGCCAGAAGAGGGUUAUUGUCAAGGCCAAGGACCCGUAGCUGCGGUGCUUCUCAUGAACAUGCCUGCUGAGGAGGCUUUCUGGUGCCUGGUGCAGAUCAGCGAGCAGUAUCUACCUGGAUACUAUAGCCCUCUGCUGGAGGGAGUGCUCUUUGACGCAGGCAUCCUGAAUGGAGUGCUACGCAAGGUAUGCCCUGCCGCUCACAAACACCUGAAGAAACACGAGGUGGAGCCACUCAUGUUCGCUACCGACUGGCUCAUGUGCCUCUACACUCGACACCUGCCCUUCAACACCCUGCUCAGGGUCUGGGACCUGUUCUUCUGCUACGGCGUGCGGAUCCUCUUCCAGGUAGCAGUGGUUUUGGUGCAUAGGAGCCUGGGAAAGCAGGAGCAGAGGGACGAAUGCGACGGGCAGAUGGAGACCCUGGAGAGACUCCGAAGCGUGAAGGACCGCAUCUCCAUGGAGGCGGAUGCUUUCAUAGUGGAGGUGUGCUCAGUACCGUUCUCCAGGAAGGAUUUAGAGAGAGAGACCGAAAAGGAGAUGGAGAGGUGGAAGAAAGAGCAUCCAUCUUCGACCUUCAACCCUUGCCUCCGUUGCCACGGGUACCGGGCGGCUUGGGUUAAAGGGAGAGAGAAGGAGGAAGAGUGUCAGAGAAGGGAGCGAGAGAUUGGGAACCUCUCCGUUCCCGUGUCGCGAUCUCCCUCCUCUCUUUCACCGUCAUUUCUUCGAAAGAAGUGGAGAAGAGGCAGCAAAGCAGAGAUGAGCGAAAAGGAGGGGAAUGGUGGCAGAGAGGAAAACAAGUUGAAGGAGGUUGUCGAGCUAAAGGGCAAGGAAGAAAAGGAAGCCAUAAAUAAUGAUGGCAACCGAAGAAAACCUUCAGAGUACAGCAGUGAAGACGCGACGCUCAACCAAAAGGGAGCAGGGCAGGAAUCUACACAAGCCGCUGCAGAUUCAUCCUGCCAAAACCUGGAACUAUGCAGUGGUGCUGCAGACCUCUCUCACUCCCAGAACACAUGCAGUCUUAGUAAAAUGCUAAACAGUUGUGGUGGGGCGAGCACAGACUGUGCAUCUGAGGCUCAGGACAGUACCAACACACCCACAGCCCAGAUAGAGACCCCAGAAAACCAGACGGAGAAUAAUGCAGUCGCAGACCACAUGUCGCAGCUCGUCUCCGUGCAGACAGGGUCCGUCUUCAGCGAGACGGUGAAUUGUUCAGCAGACCAGGGUGAACCACAAAAACCUCUAUGCGACAAGGCUGACGAGACUGCUGAAGUAACUAGAAAACUUUCUCAAGAAAGCUGCCAGUCAGAGCCAUCAGAGGCAGGAAAGCUCAUUUCCCCAAAUAGCUGCCCAGAGUCUGAUGCCAAAGGUGCUAGCAAAUUGAAUAAAAACACUGAGGAAAAGCCAGAAGAAACAAAUGUUCAAAAUACUGGAGAACUAGAUGUGGGAACAGAGGAAUGCAUUAAGACGCAAGACGACUGCAGGCAAAGCUUUGUAAAGGAGACAAGUACGCUGCUUGAAGAUUCAAGCGCAAACUCCCCAGAUCUAAAUGAAACCCAACAGGAAAAUGACCAGCCAGUACAGUAUUCCCUCCAUCCUUCUGAAGAUAUCAAUGAGAAUGUCACAAAGACUCCUGAGAUGACUGGAGAACCGUCAACAGCAGAAAACACAGAGAAAGUUGACAGCUUAGACAUUCCGGCACACCACUGUCAGAUCUUCCACGUGCUCCAGGAAUCUGAAAUUUCUAGCAUCUCUUCAGUAGAUGAGUCCGAGUUAUCAGUACAAAAGCACGCAAACGAGGAGGCAUCCUCAGAAGACUCUCCCCAAAACGAUCCACUGGCCAGCAGAACCAUUAUGACUGCAAUUUCAGACCAGCCAGCCUGCGAUGGAGUCACAGAAAAGCAGCCUGCAACCUCUGCAAGUGAGAGUGAUGAAGAGCAUUCUGAUGAUGUCACCCAGAUCGAGCCACCUUCAGAGCAAGAUAACGAUCAAAUCCCGGUAAGGAGCUCUGUGGACACAAACUUGCAGGAGAAUUUGCAGGGCACAGGACAGUCGUUGGGUGAACAUCCUGGUCAAAGUUCAGAGGUGGACAUUAUUUCGUCGAAGGGUCAAGAUUUGACAGAAAAAAGUCCCUGCUCAACCCAUGAGACCAUGUUGCAAGUGUCAGGAAGUGAGAUUACAACAGCCAUUCAAGAGGAACAAAAGCCCUUAAAUUCUCAAGAUGCAGAUGCACCUCAAGUCGAAAGCAGACCUCCAGAGGGCUCAGUCAUCGCAGUACCAUCGGCAGAAGGAAAUGCAAUAGAAUACGAGCAGCAGAAUCUGUCUGCUGCUGAUAUCAGGGAGGAAGCACCUCAACAGCCUAGUCUGACGAGCUCGGGUGCAGUUCAGCAACCGGCAGACCCACUUUGUGCAGCAGAGGACGAGGUAAGAGGGGGAUCAUUGGACACGUGUGGGACCAAGAUGGAGACACCUGAGCGUACUCCUCCUGAAUUACAUCUCGCGACGGAGAUGGAAAAACCAGCUGAAUCACAAAAUGAUCAGGGAUGCACUGCGGAGCAGUCAGCUGAAUGUCACAUAGAACAAAUUGAGCUUGAAGCAGAAGUUGGCUCUAAGGACCAGUGUAAAGAGACAAUGGAAGCAGACCGAGAAGAAAAUGGACAGAACAACAACAGACAAGACGACGAAACAAAUUCAGAUGCGGGACAUUCCUCUCCUGAAUCGAAGGACGCGUCCUGUGAAGAAACUAACAGCUCUACCCCACCCAGCACACAAACGUCACAAGGACAACCUCCUGGGACAUCCACGGACUCUGUAAUGACAGAGGCACUUCCAGAAGUCACGGCAGAGCACGGCAAGGAUGAGGCCAUCAAGGUGUCUGCUACACUUGAGAACCAGAAAUCAAGUGGCACUGGGGAAUAUAAACUUCGCAAGACAUCCAGCUCCAGAACCACGCCGCCCAGAAGGCUGUCGGAGGACACGUUCAAAGAGCCGGAAAGCACCAGAUACAACAGUGGUCCCAGUACUGCUUCCUCCACCAGCAGUUCUGCCGCUAACCACACAGGUGGCACCAGAGCUACCACGGCUGUUCAGGACACAGACAAAAGCCACGACACUGAGCACCAUAGCACUGAGCACAAAGACUCUUCAAAACGCUUUGGCCUCUUUCGUAGGUUCCGGGGCGACCAUGUCACGAACGUCGAGGGGGGCGCCAAGGGCAAGGCCAAGAUGACAGUGCCGACAAUACUCAUACAGGACUUCAGUGAGCAGGUGAGCGAGCAGGAAGAAAGACUGACCGCCAAGGAGAGGAGAAAGAGGAGGAGGGAGGAGGAGAGGAGGAAAAAAGAGGAGGAAAAGGCACGGAAGAAGAGAGAGAAAGAACUGGAGAAGGAAAAAGGAAAGGAGAGGAGGAAACCGCAGACGAGGGGGAAGAGUUUUCAGGUACACAGCAGCAGCAAGACUGACCAUGUUGUUCCUUCCCUUGGAAACUCUAUCACUCCAGGUUCCAAGAGAAACUCUGCUCCAUAUUUUGAUACUUACUUCUGAGUGUUGGGGUGGAUGGCACCAAGUAUGGAAGGGACAGACUGUGAAAUGCCUUAAUACUUAAAAAUGUUUAAAAAAAUGAGUUUUUCUAUAACGUUUUUCAAAACUGACAAAAAAAAACCCAGAAAUGUGUAUAGAAUGUAAAUAAAACAGAUGUCUAGAAAACAGUA